AUUCGUUCAUUACUUACAUUUUGUCGUAUCGCUCGAACGUUUCCCGCUGGUCGCGAAACGUUUGUCCUAUUCCUCUGUGUUAUAUAUUUAUUUACAAGACACACGACACACAAUAUGUCCGGACGCGGCAAAGGCGGCAAAGUCAAGGGGAAGGCGAAGUCGCGAUCCAAUCGCGCCGGUCUUCAGUUCCCGGUGGGCCGUAUCCAUAGGCUGCUGCGCAAGGGCAACUACGCGGAGCGCGUCGGUGCCGGCGCUCCGGUCUACCUGGCGGCCGUCAUGGAGUACCUCGCCGCCGAGGUGCUAGAGUUGGCCGGCAACGCCGCUAGGGACAACAAGAAGACCAGGAUCAUACCGAGACACCUGCAGCUCGCCAUAAGGAACGACGAGGAGUUGAACAAGCUGCUCUCCGGUGUCACCAUCGCUCAGGGUGGCGUCCUCCCUAACAUACAGGCGGUGCUCUUGCCCAAGAAGACCGAGAAGAAAGCUUAAGAGGUCUCGCUUCUCGUUUGCGCUCGCAUUCAUUCACAUUCACAUUCACAUUCACACUCGCACUCCGACUAGCACACCUGCGCGGCGCGCGCUCGCCGGUCGAGUCCUUACGUCGUCGUCGCGGUGUGUCUUAUGUGUGUGGUGUGGUGUGGUGUGAUGUGAUGUGACGUGAAUGAGAAAAAAAAAAAUAAGAAUAAGAAUAAAAAGGCCCUUUUUAGGGCCGCAAUACUGAUCUGAAAUACGCAGUGCGCGUCUCUUGAGGAGAAGAAGGUCGAUUCCGCGGUACAAUUAAUCCGCGUGUAUAUAUGUAACGAAGAAAAAUAAUAAAUAAAUAAACAUAAUAGUUUUUAUGUACACACAGAGAUCGAGAACAGACAUAGUGAUAUAUUAAUUUGUAAUACUUAUUUUGUAAAUUCAUUAACUAUUGUAAA